AUUGGUCCGUUUUUUUUUGGGAGGACUAGCAUGUCCGGCGAUGUGCUUCUCACGCUAUUGGACGUAGUUAACGUAACUCUCGUGGUGACGGCCCACUGCGGCUCUCCCUAUUGGUCGGUUUUUCUUGUGGCGUCCACGUGAGCGGCGAUGUGCGGCUCUCGCGAUUGGCCAGCAGCUCCCCUGGUAACGAGCACAAACUGCAACGACGGAGCGGGGACGCGUGCGAGCGCGGAACGUGUGUUUGUUUGUUAAUGUCCGCGGCGGGCUGUUGACGGCGCAGUCAGCGAGAUGCCAUGGACUGGGUGUCCGAAAAGGAGCCCAGCAGAGCCGUGGAGAGAGAGGGAUGUCAUGGGGAUCAGGGCAGAAAGUGCGUUCCGGCGGAUAUCGGGGAGAAGCUCGAUGAAUAUUUAAUCGCCGUUCAGCAGAAAAACAGGAUCCUGCGGCGUCUCAGGGCCAAGAGUCUCCGAGAGAUUGAGCUGGAGCGUUUAGAGCAGGGCUUUUCCAUCUAUGUUAAUGGGGCCAAUGCAGAAUGCAGCAAGCCAAGUCGGAGACCCCCCUGGAAGCUUGCCUCUUCGCCACCUGUGCUGACUGCCACACGAACCGCAAAUGCUGCGAGAAGGUGCAAUCUGCUAGGUGAAGUUCUGCAAGGUCUUGACAAGGAGCACAGAGAGAGAAGUCAGUCGGCCCCCGAGAAGAUCCAGAGGAAGGAAUGGGUUCAGACUUCUAUUCGCAUUAAGACCGAGGAGGGAGAUCGUGUGCGCGUUUGCCCAGAGCACCACUACUCUGAGGACUUCGAACCCUUCGAAAGUGUGAGCAUGGAGCCAGGCGCCUUAUCCCCUCGCAGGGACACUCGCUCACCCUCCAGGUCCUUCAGUGCUCGACUGGAUAGGCGAGGAAGCCAGAGUGACCAGGAACGCAGUGAAAGAGUGCUCCUCAAUAUCAAUGAGGUCAAGAUGCUGCGCCGAAGCCUGGAGGCGAGUGUCAAUGUGAGGCGUAGUAGCCGAGAUUCGGCGGGGGAGGAGUCUGAGGAGGAGUGGGUGGAGGAGCAGAUCGAGAGGGACGAGAGCGCCGAGAGCCUGGAGGAGCUCGGCCUGCCUCCGAAAGCCCCCUCGGCCAACCCACGGCCCAGCAACCCUGACAGCUGCCACCUCGGCCCAGGAGAACUCAUAGUGCUGGACUUUGGCCCAUCCCCUAAUGGUGAAAAGAUCGAACGCUGCCUGUCGGCCAAAAGGAAGGACAACGUGGAGCCGUACGUUCCAACGAAGCUCGUGUCGCCGAAAAGCAAAGCUCCCGACAGAGCGCCCUCUACCUCAGGAAAAGAUAGCCCACGAUCUCGGGGUCGUUUAGAGCGCCCCCUGUCUGCUGCUCGAAAGAUGCCCUUAGAGGGCAGGGACCCCGAUGAGGCGGCGUACAAGGUGUUCCAGGCCCUUCAUAAAGAGAACACCAUGCUCCAAGCAGGACUUCGGUCUCCCGAUCACAGACCGAUGCGAGCGUGCCAGGGAAGCGGUGGCGCCGAGGCGGAUGGGCCGAGCGGGGUGACCACGGCUAUGCAGAGAAUCUCGCUGAUGGAGCCAAGCCAACAGAAGAAACUUCUGAAAGCGCUGGAGAAGAUCGAGGCUGACAGUAAUGUGGAAACCCCUCAGGCCGCGAGGACCAGCUGCGUCCACCCAUCGCAGGGACGCCCAUCUCCGGAGGUGGUUCCCUCGCUCUACGUCACCAUGGAGAUCCUGUCCAACUGGGGCAACGGCAGGCUGGUGGGCCUCACCGAGAUGCAGUUCUUCUGUCCGCGCAACCGGAAGCUCUUCGUGUCGCCCCAUGACAUUGACAUUAGGAACGCCGACCAACCGGGCGACCUGGGAGCGCUGGUCAACGGGAAGACGCAGACCACGAAAGAGCGCCACAUGUGGUCCUGCCCCUUCCACGCGCCGGUGCAGCUCUACUUCAUCCUCCGCAACUCGGAGCGCUCGCCUGAUUUCGGAAUCUCCGAAAUCAAAAUCUGGAACUACAACAGGAGCCUCGGCGAUCUGGACGUCGGUGCCCGGCACCUGAGGCUCUACCUCAACAGCACGCUGGUGUUCGACGGCGAGCUUCCCAAAGGCUGCGGGAACCAGGUGUUUGACUACAGCACCACCAUCGAGCUCAGGGGCCUCGGCCAGGAGUCCGUGUCCCCCGGGCCCUCGUCAUCGGGCCUCAGUCCUUCCGCCACGGACCGGGACGGCGAUGGCGAUAGCCUGUCUGGCACGGACUCCCCGCGUGGCGCACUGAACGCCCCCUCCUCACCGCAGCCCAUGCAGAGGGACUCUUUUGAGACGGCCGACGACCCCUCGGCUGAUGAGGACCCGGCGCCGAAGACGCCCCAGGAGCGGGCUCCUCGGGGGACGUCCGAGUCCCCCUCCCCGACGCCCCCGUGGCUGCAGCCCCUGAGCAGAGUGGUCCAGGAUGGCCUGGCGGCCGGGAAAGAGAGGCCCCCCUGGCUCUCGACGGAACUACACGCCGAGUCCAAACCGUCGGUGCCACCCGGCACCUCGGCAAAGGGAUCCCGGACCCACAACGGCGCACCGAGGCGCCACUCCUCGGAUUUCAGCUCCGACUCCCUGGACCUGGGCGGCGACUUCCUGGAGGAGUUCUGCGUGAGAGUGGAACGCCCCGUCAGCGGCAGGAGGGGGUCCGCAAAACACACGAAACAACCCGAGUCCCACGACGAUGGCAUCGCAGAUUUGCUCAGGCGAGAAGAGCCAUCGCCCCCUGGUGGUAGCAGACAGGAGCGCACCCCACGUUUCCGCUCGCAUAGCGAGCAGGAUGACACGCUUAUGGAGUCCUGGGAUUCACUCACCAAGUUCAAGCAGUGUCAGCGUGGGCGCAUCUCCAACAUGGGCUUCGAGGGGGACAUCUUCGACGAGUUCCUGCAGCGCCAGAGCCGCUUCGAGCCGGGGGCCUGCGAUAAGGGUCCACGCGGCACGCAAGAGGAGCCCGGCGAGGAGCCGGAUGAUGACAUCCUGGGUGAGGCGGAGCGUGACGAAGAAUUCGAGAUCCCCGUCCUUCCUCAGGGCCAACACCUGGUCAUCAACAUCUUGUCCACGUGGGGUGAUCGCCACUAUGUGGGCCUCAAUGGCCUGGAGAUCUUCAGCUCCAGCGGGGAGCCUGUUGUACCGGCCAGCAUCCGCGCCGACCCUCCCGACAUCAACAUCCUCCCCGCUUAUGGCAAAGAUCCACGCGUGGUCACCAACCUCAUUGAUGGCGUCAACCGCACGCAAGACGACAUGCACCUCUGGCUGGCCCCAUUCACGCCUGGGCGCCCCCAUGUCAUCUUUGUUGACUUCCACAGCCCAUGCCAAGUAGCCAUGAUCCGGAUCUGGAACUACAACAAGUCCCGCAUCCACUCCUUCCGCGGAGUCAAGGAGGCGGAGAUGCUAUUGGAUGGGAGGUGCAUCUUCAGGGGGGAGAUUGCCAAAGCAUCUGGGACCCUCUCCGGAGCCCUGGAGCAGUUCGGAGACACCAUCCUGUUCACGACGGACGACGACAUCCUCGAGGCCGUGUCCCGCUUCGACGACACAUUUGACGGCGAGGAGGAGGGUCCCGAGGCGCGGGUGUACGAGGAAGAACUGCAGCGGCCCCGCACCGCCGACGGCGAAGGUGACGAGAGGCCUUUCACGCAGGCCGGGUUCAGGGAGGAUGUGCCACAGGAGAACUCGCGGCCCGCUGCCGUUUGCACGCUGUCUGAAGCCGCAGCAGAGCAGGUCCUCGGGAUGUACACGGGAAAGUACCUUAAGAUAAACAUGACCGCGACCUGGGGCGACUCCCACUACCUGGGCAUGACCGGCCUGGAGGUGGUGGGGAAGGAGGGGCAGAGCCUGCCCCUGGACGCGAGCAUGAUGCACGCCUCUCCUCGAGACCUGAACGAUCUCCCCGAAUACGGCCGUGACUCUCGCACCCUGGACAAGCUCAUCGACGGACGCAACAUCACCACGGAGGACGAGCACAUGUGGCUGAUCCCUUUCGAGCGGGGCCGCGCGCACCUUCUCACCGUGUGCUUCGAGAAGCCCCGGACCGUGGCCGGGCUGCGCGUCUGGAACUACAACAAAUCCCCCGAAGACACGUACAGAGGGGUGAAGGUGAUCCACGUGUCCGUGGACGACACGGUCAUCUCUCCGCCCGCGGGGUUCCUCAUCCGCAAGGGGCCGGGGAACUGCCACUUCGACUUUGCCCAGGAGAUCCUCUUCAUUGAUUACCUGCAUUCCAGCAGCAGCAAACCGCCAGAGUCCCUGCACACACACAAAGCUGGAUCGCAGAAGGUGGAGCAGGCGAGCAUGGACUACGAGGCCCCGCUCAUGCCCUGCGGAUUCAUCUUCCAGCUGCAGCUGCUCACGACGUGGAGCGACCCGUACUACGUCGGACUCAACGGCCUCGAGUUCUACGAUCAGAGCGACGAGCGGAUCCCCCUCACCGACAACAACAUCGCUGCCUUCCCGGAUAGCGUAAACGUUCUCGACAGCGUCAGCGGAGACAUGCGCACUCCGGACAAGCUGGUGGACGGGGUGAACAACACGCACGACGGCAGGCACAUGUGGCUGGCCCCGGUCCUGCCAGGCAUCGUGAAUCGGGUGUACGUGAUAUUUGACCAGCCCGUCACGGUGUCCAUGAUCAAACUGUGGAACUACGCCAAAACCCCGCAGCGGGGAGUGAAGGAAUUUGGGCUGCUGGUCGAUGACCUGCUGGUGUACAACGGCAUUCUAGACUGCGUUAGUCACGCGGCCCGGGGGAUCUUGCCCACCUGUGACCCGGUAGUGCCCUACCACACCAUCCUGUUCACCGACAAUGCCAAGAUUGCACACCGCGAGAGGAAAACCAUUAUCAGCCCUCAACGCAGCCGGAACCAAGAACACAACCAUGUGGAGGACCAGGACGUAAAGAUGACGAACGAAAACCAAAUAGUGCAACACGCCAAGAAGAAGCCGACUGCAGACCCAGCACUGCGCCCAAAAACGUGCAUGACGGACAGAGGACCGCUGGGAAAACGGCGCUACUGAGAGCCCGGCGACCGCCGCGGCGACUUUGGGAAAGAGCUCGGAACCACACAUUCCAGGUGCAUCUCACACCGGAGUAUCGAGUCCCCCGGAAUCAUGGCACCUUCACCCCUCACAGUGUUAUAUAUUAGCGUUCUAAUGUGUAUCCAGCUGUUUUGCAGAAAUUUCAGCAGAAUAGGAAGCGUGGGUCGGUUUUUAGCUGCGGCUUUGACCUUCCUCUCGCAUGUACCUUUGGAUCUCAGAUUCGGCGAUCAGUUUCCAGUCGUCCAAGGACACGCUUUUCUUUUUUUUUUUUUUGAUGCCGCUCGUGGCAUUUAACGGAGAGCCUUGGAUAUUCCCGGACCGAGACCUGCGUACAUAUUUCACAAUAACUGUGUCUUACGAGAGAAAGAAAUGUGAUAGACGUAUUUAAUAACUGCCGCAAAAUCCAAUGCUUUGGCCGAAUUAAUUACGAUAAAUAUGAAGAUAAAUGUGCUGCUUGCCGCCCAGCGGUUAUAAAGGCUGCAGUCAUGUCAGAUGAUGUGUAAUUUCUUUUUUUUUUUUUUUUUUUUAUUGCACCUGUCAUGCCCCCUUUAACCUGUGCUGCUAGUGAUAAAUCCACAGCAGUUACUCUGGGGUACGAGUACAUCUCCAGAACCUGGAAGUUAUUUGAGGCUUCACGACAGCAGCUGCGGAUCCCAUUUUAAGUGACCUUAACGUAUGUCAUAUUUUGGGAGGUUCCGGAAGGCCGUUGUUUCAUGCUGUUAAAACAUCGUUCUCUUCUGUAGUGAAUUACUCUGUUUUUUUGCUAUCUGCGACUCUUAACAGUAGUGGUGCAAUGUUAAACCAAGACGGUAGAAAAGUCGUGUUAAAGAUUAUAUCAGCUGUCAAUUAAAGGUCCUCAAAUAGUCAGAAGCAGCACUUGUUGCGAAAGAACCGUUUAACCCUUAGUUCGCAAACGGCUUUUGGGGUUUUUGGCUGGAGCGUGGCUUCGUAUUUACAUUAGUAAUAUAAAGAUGCAGUCAUAGCUGCUCAUUUUCAUGUUAUAAUACAUACUAGUCAAACUUAGACUCAUCAAUACUAUAAAAUAUGCAAAUGGUAAAAAUAUACCUCAUUGUAAAAGAUAUGGUACAGACUCAUGACAGCUGAAAUGCGUACACUAAUGCAAUACAAAGGUUGUAGAAGAAAUUGCUCAGAUAAGAACCCAACUCCCUUAUGGUAACAUUUAUGUUGCAUGUACUUUAUGAUGAUUUCACCUCAUUAUUGUGGCUAGAUAAGAGGGGAACUUUUCAUUUAGUUACACAGGACUGUGCAAAAGUUUUAGGCACUUGGGGGGGAAAACAGACUGUAAAGUGAGAAUGCUUCUAAA